AUGGCCUCAACCACGCACACUGCCACCAACAUCCAGAACACGAAGGUGGCCGACAAGCCUCAGGAGGACAAGUCCUUCAUGGAUAAGGUGGCCGAGAAGUCCCAAACCAAGCUUGAAGAGUGGCGUGAUGCCAUCAAGCCCGGUGUUGACAAGACGGUCGAGGACCUCAAGGAGGUUGGCGCCAAGAGCGGCAAGAACGUGGACAGCAGCGUGGACGCCUACAAGCAGUCGAUUCACCGCAUGGCUGAGGGCGAGCACAAGGAGCAACGCGCCGAGCGUGAGACUGGCCCCAACUCGCGCGAGAAGUGGCAAGAUCGUUGGGAUAACACCAAGCAAAGCACCGCUGCCGCCAUUGACAAACGCCAGUUCAAUGGCCCUUCAUCGGAAACGACCACACGUUCGACCAACCAGCUGUAA